UUCGAAGGUAACUGUCAAAUAGGUUCAUAUAUUGUAAUAAUGGUGUUAAACUUAGUACCACCACCCAAAUUACGGUUAUGACCUUGACUGUCAGAAGGAAAAGCCUUGACAUUCCCCAUGCCUUUUGCCCUUUCUAGAUUCGCAUCCCAUGCCCUUUCCUUGUCAAAGGUAACGUACUGUUUCCCGCCAAAAAAAGCUUCACACCCUCCAAUAUAACACAGGACCCUUUUACUGCCUCACACUCCAGUCUAACAGAAACAGAGAGAACAGAGAGAGAUGAAGGGCACAUCCAAGGUGAUAAUGGGGGCCACACUGGUAAUGGUGGUGAGCCUUGCCAUAGUGUUGGGCUUAAUCUUGGUGCUGCUAGCUGAGCUCUACUGUUCCCUCCUACUUCGCCGGCGUCAGCUCAAAACCAACACCUCCAACCCAAACCUCACCGCUGAUGCUGCCGACUCUGCAGCCACCACAACCUCUUCUCAGCAGCCCUCAUCACAGCCUCAAGAUCACUCAGCUGGCCCUCCUCUCAGCAGCUUUCUAGGGGUUCUUCGUGCUCCAAGAAGCUUCCUUUUCCCAUCAGUUCCUUGCAAACAAGACAACGCAGAAACAAAGAAGCACCAUACUCACCUUCUUCACCAGGUUUUUGACAUCCCGGUCCCAAACCAAGAAAUAUUACCAAACACAACCCCCUGUCAUAUUGGGGUCAUGAUAUCAAGCCCAUCCCCAUCAAUUUCUUUUGUGACUUCACCGCAGCCAACCCAAGAAGACAAAAUUCAAGCUGGUAAUAGCAGUCCUGGUGCUCAGUGUAAUGCGAAAGCUGCUGGUGGUGGUGGUGGUGCAGAGCAUUUUGUGUACAUUUCUAACCCCAUUUAUGACAAUGAUGAAGCAAGCACCAGGCACAGUGGAGGAGAAAACAACACUCCCUUUGAAACUCCAGAGACUUCACCUUCAAGACUAGAAAUGGGAGGGGGUUCUUCUUCUUCUUGCUCUGGAGAGGAUGAGGUUGCCCAACCAACCCCUUCUGGUCCCUCAAGCCCAACAACCACACCUCCUCUAACUCCAAUGAAGAAGCUCCCUGCAGAGGCUUGCUCUGUUCCUCUCAGAGAUGCCAGGUCAUUAGGCACUUCAGGUAGUGAUUCCAAUACUAACAAUGGCCUCUCUUCUUCUUCAUCAGGUUCUCCUUGUACUUCUCCUUCAUGGUGAUUAAUGGUUAAUUCUCCAUGCCAUAAUCAGGAGAAACAGUUUAGUUAGAGCUUUAGUUUUUAAUCUUUAUUUUAAAUUGUAUUUAAGAGGUGGGUGGGUUUUAUUUUUUUCUGUUUGGUGAUUUGUAAUGGGAAUGGUAAAAAUGAGCUGGAAAGAGGCAGAGUAGUGUACCCAGAUCAGCUUUUUUCACUGCAUGCGUGGCCAUGGCUCGUCCACCCAAGCCAGCCCAUGCCACUUGAAUUUCCAACUCUUUCUUUCUUUCUCUCUGAACCUGCAGAGCAGAGAGACAGAAUUGCUUUCCUUGUUUUCACUUGGGUUUUUAGUAGUUUUUGGGAAAGCAGUUUUAUCGCAUUUUCUAUCUUAACAUAUUCACCUUUACAAGAAACUUUUAGUUUAAGUGUUUAAGAGCAGUUAGUCUUGCAUCCGAGAUUCUAAGAUCAGUUCUCCAUUUUCGGUUCUAAGUUCGGUUCUCCGUUCUCCAAUGUCGCUUGCACAAGAAUUUUUUUUUUUAAAAAAAAAAAACAUAUUCACCUUUGGUUUUGGUUUUGUUUUUGUUUUGGGAUGGUGAGAAUGGCACGUGAACUGUCAAGGGUGGACUUACAAAAAAUGAAGAAAGAAACAAAAACCAAGAGGGAAAAAACAUCGAAAAUAAAUCUCUCUGUUUUUAAGAGACCUCGAGUUCAGAUAACUAUGCAUUGAAGCUUAAAAUACACAAAAACUCUCUUUCUGUGUCACCUGCCCUUGCUGAGGUCUUUGUCCACUUUGAUGAGGACGAGACCUUCUCUCUCUUUGGUUUCCAUGAGGGAGGAGAGGAGAGCUCUAUUAGGCAAGAAGCUUCAUUUUCUUCACACUGCACUGCAUUUAAUACAAUAUUGAAUUUCGGCUUUGGCUUUAGCUAUGGCUUUGGCUUUCAAUGCCCCAAACUCUGCCAAUAUGCCCUCAAACAGCUGACUUUCAAGGCUACCAUGGAGGAUUUAGGACCACCAUUGACAAUAUAUUUAUGGUGUCUAUUUCUGCAUAUAACACACACACACCCACCCACACACACACGCAUUUCAGAAAUCAAGAGUAGAUUGCUUUAUUGGCCAUGCCACGUUGCAUUUUGCUUCUCCAUAUUAUGUUCCACAAUCACUCUUGAACAUCAAAUGAACAUAAUGAAAUAAUUCUUAUAAUGUACAUAACUAAAGAAAAUUAAUAUUUGUAAAGCGCGAUUCUCAGAGCUCGCAGAUGAACCAUGUCCUUGAUCAUGAGCCAGGAUUAGUUAGUUUCUCCAUCUUCUUGAACCAUGAUGUCCUUGAACACAGAUGAACCUGUAAUCAUACAAGUAUAUGUUUGUUGCUUCUGGGAAAAGCAAAAAAAAAAAAAAAAA